CGCUCCAACAGCUGGUUCAACUGCUUUCGAUGAAAUUAAAUGCUGAUGAAAUAGACAAGAAAAAUGAUGCAAAGCUGGUAGUGGAAAAUUUUGCCAAAAUUAUUCCAGAAUUCAACGGAGAAAAUAUGUCGGUACAGCAGUGGUUUAUUAACUUCGAGCUAUACGCUGAAGCAUACGGACUAAAUGACAAACAAAAAUACGUGCAAGCCCGAGCAAAAAUUACAGGAGUUCGAGUGUGAGCGUUUAUGCAGUGCGCAAAUUCACAAUCAAUUGUCUAUGCGAGUGAAGAUUACCGGCGAAAGUUUUCACGAAUAUAUACUACAGAUGAAACGCAUUGCUGCACGUGGGACAACAGACACGGAGUCGGUGAUUCAAUACAUUUUCGACGGACUGAAUUUAAAAACGGAUUAUAAGUACACCUUGAAUGGAUGCAGCUCAUACAAGCAGCUGCGAGAGAAGUACGAAAUCUACGAAAGAACGCUCGCGGUUGAUGGGGGUUUGGCCCCGAAACAAAAAGACUCACAGCCGUUCGGAAAGAAGUCCAAUUUCACCAAAUAUGAAAGGAAGCAACACUGUUACAAUUGUGGAUCCCAGGAGAAUCUACGCAAGGAUUGCCGAGCUGCAUUAAAGUGUUUCCGCUGCAAUCAGACUGGACACAUGUCUCAGGAUGUUUCCCUAUUAAAGAUGUUAGUGUUCGGCAAAAUGAGUGGUAUCCAUCUGCAAGCCAGUUCGUCAACUUUGGGGGGACUUGGAAACAACAUCACACGCUCCGCUGGGCAGUUUACGGCAGAAGUGGAGAUCGACGGAAUGCGACUGGCACACAAAUUCCUUGUGGUGGCCGAUCAUGCAGUCGGAUUCAAAUUGUUGCUUGGACACGACUUUAUAUCCAAGUUCACAAUGACAACAACGCCAGGAGGAUAUAAGUUUUCUCCCCUGCCGGGGAACUGAGGACACCAAACAGAUAAGUAUUUACAACGUGGUGGAAG